AUGGCCCACUCCUUCUUCCCCACCCUCUCUCCCUCUCUCCACCUCUCGAGCACCAGCCUAUACGCCACCUACCCAAGGCAGGGGGUAGCCACAAACCCCCACCACAAGGGUGGUGCCGCACCAUCGACAACGUCAAGAUCCAAGAUCCAAGACGAGGAGGGAUGCCCUCUUGGCAAGCAGCUUGAGGAUGGCCGCACCCUAUCGGACUACAACAUCAGGAAUCAGGAUGGUCGCACACUAUCCGACUAUAUUACCAAAGGAUAG